CCAGCAGGAGGUGUUGAUAGCGGGGGCGCGAAGGAGGCGGUGGCUGGGCACUCUGGGGGGGGGACAGGUCAGCGGCUGUGAUUGUUUCCCCUGCCUCCCCCCCACUCCGGCUCCAGUCGCUGCAGCCAACGCUCAGCCCCAGCGAGAGCCCCCGGAUCGGACCCCCCCCCCCCCCGUGUGCAGGGGCGGAGCCCCCCAGGCCCGCAGCCCGCCGCAGCUGGAGCAGGAGGAAGCGCAAGAUCCCAACAUGGCUGAAAUCAGCAUCGAUCAGUCCAAGCUACCUGGCGUGAAGGAAGUGUGCCGAGACUUCGCCGUGCUGGAGGAUCACACCCUCGCUCACAGCCUGCAGGAGCAGGAGAUUGAACAUCACUUGGCAACAAAUGUUCAGCGCAACCGCCUGGUGCAACAUGACCUGCAGGUGGCCAAGCAGCUGCAGGAGGAGGAGGAUCUGAAAGCACGAGCCCAAAUCCAGAAGCGUUACAAAGACAUAGAACGGCAGGACUGCGAGAUAGCUCAGGAAAUUCAGGUGAAAUUGGUGAUUGAAGCAGAGCAGCGGCGCAGACAAGAGGAAAAAGAUGAGGACAUUGCCCGCAUCCUACAGCAGAAGGAACUGCAAGAAGAAAAGAAGAGUAAAAAGCACUACUCAGAACCCCAGGGACACGCCGCUCAUGCGGACAGUUACUACCCAGAGAACGGAGGAUUGAAGUCGAGGGGGACAAAAGAAGCUGUUUAUGCCAAACCCCGAGUGGCCCGUAGGGACCUGGAGCUGUAUGAUGCAGAGAUCGCUAGGAAACUGCAAGAGGAGGAGCUUCUGGCCAACCAGGUUGAUAAGAGGGCAGCGCAAGUAGCCCAGGAUGAGGAGAUAGCUCGCCUGUUGAUGGUGGAGGAAAAGAAGGCUUAUAAGAAAACGAAGGACCGAGAGAAGUCCUCUCUGGAAAAGAAAAGGCAGGACCAGGACUGGAAGCGUGACACAAGUGAAUCCGCGCGUCCAAGGUCAAGAGAGAGGCUUGAACCUCAGAGGCUCAAGAGUGACAAACCUGCCCGGCCACCGCCACCUCCAGUCACAGACCUGGACGACUUUUAUCACAGUCGUGGUAUUACAAGCCAGCCUAGCACCGUGCGUCAGUUUUCUAAACCUGAGUCUUCUCCAAAAGGUUUCCAUUACAAGCAGUAAAAAGCUAGACUUUGCAUUGAUACUGACUCUCUUCUGUAGCAAACGUUACUGGAAUUCCCAGGAGAGCGUCUCAUUUCCUUUACCCAACUCGAGUUCCAUCCUCAGGACUUCUUCCUCUUUCAAUGUCAUGUCAAUAAGUAGUGUCUGUUCAUCCUGGUUUCCCGGUUGGUUGUGAUCACUUUAGUAGUGCAGUAAAAUCUAGCCAUGGUGUAGCUGGCCAGCUGUACCCAGCUAGCUGAUCUGGCAACACCUUUACAGCUCUCGGAAUCCCUUUUAGCUACAGCUGCAUCUUUGACAAUUAGUGGCUUGAUCUUUUUUCAGAGAGAGAGAGAGACAGACAAUUGGGGGGGAAGUCCAAGAUGUGAGGUGGAUUAUGGCAAUGCAGAAAUCAAGCAAUAGGAUGGAGAUUAACAUGUGACUAAGAUGACACACAGCUUUCUGUUGUAACCAGGAAUGCACAUCUUCCCGAGUCCUGAGUGAGGAAACGGAGCUAAAUCAACACAGAGCAACUGAGAUUUUCCAUAGUAGUUGUAUGAAGACGGGUUCACCUUCAUGCCAUCUACCAGCAGGCUGCUCGGACUUCACGCCCUUUGGAGAAAAAACUGUUCUGUCUACAAAGUCUCUGUUGUGCGGUCACUUCUUAGGAAACACCCUUUGGGUGAUGCACAUAACAUGCUUCUAUGUCCGAGUCAUAACCCCUUAUUCAGAGGCCUAAAACGUCAGCUCUUGCUGUACAUCUCGUAUGCAUUGUUUUAAAGAAGUUUUCAAUUUCUUGGUGCAGCUGGAGGGGAAUAUAAAUCCAUGGACCAUAGGACCAAAAGGGACCAUUAUGAUUAUCUGGGGUGACUUUGUGCACGGCACGGGUCAGAGAACCUCACCCAGUAAAAAUGGAGGACAUUAGUAUUCUUUCUCCAUUGAGCCCAAUAACUUGUGGCUGAACCAGAGUGUAUUUUCUAGAAGAGCACCCAGUCUCUGUUUGUUUAAGAUGCCAUGUGAGGAUGACUUAAUCACUUCCCAGAGUGCAGGAAUCCUCUCUCACUCGAAGAUACCCGCCUAGAGUCUCUCCUGUACUGAUCCUUGUGUCCCUGUCCCUGCCCCCACCCCAUGAGAGACAAGGACCUCCCAAGCUGCCUCCCAGUUCUUUCAACCUCAGCAUUUUUGUCAAUCUCUGUGCAAAUACAUUUGAAUUGCAAAGGUGACCAUAGAUAUACAGUAAGUUCUUUAGCCUCUCCAGCCAAUAAGGGCUAGGUGGCCAGUCCACAAGUCAGUGGCAGUGCAUUGAUGAGCAGCCUGGGCGGAAAUCCUCUGAAUGGCUGCUACUCCAGAAAGGCAAUAAACUGCACCGAGUCUGUCCUGGGUGCAUCGCCUGGUUCCCUGACCUCCCAGGGUCCCAGUGCUGCUGGGUGCACGGAAAGGUAGGGAACACAAUGGCUCUCCAGAGCCUGCUUGCAUGAAGUGAUGGUGCGCUGUGCUGGUACAAGGGAGUAAGGAAUGCUUCUGCCCCUUCUGCUCCUUUGUAGCUGUCUGCAGGAUGGGCCCCAAUCCGGUCCCAAGGCCAUGUCUUUCCUAGGGGAAAAAAGGUGUGUUUUUAACUCCAGCUAAGGGAAGUCCUAGCGAAGACAGGGCAGUUGGUAGCUGUCCAUGAGCUAGCAGGUCGAGUUUAGCCUGACCUUCUAACUCACGUGCAAACUACAAAUUGCCUGGUCUUCACGAUAAUUUUACCUCCGAUUAGUUACCCUGUGUUAUAACCAUAGCCACCAUGCAGCACCUUUCAUCAGUAGAUCUCAAAGCAGUUUACAAAUCAUUUUACAGAUGGGAAAACUGAGGCAAAUAGAGGCGAGGUGACUUGCCUAAGGUCACCCAUCAACCUGUGGCUGAGCGGGAACUAGAACCCAGUCUCCUGAGUCCCAGUCCAGUGCUCUAUGUAUCAGGCCACACUCCUUGUGUUCUGAAUGAAAAGAAGGCUUAGGUGAGUUAGAAGUAACUUGAGGGUUUUCUGCAUUGCUGGUAUCCCCUGCUGUUGAAUGGACUCAGGGCGAUGUCUCCAGACUGCACAGGAGUGUGCCUGCUUUCCCCUUUGCCUCUCUCCAGGGGUCUUGGAAGCUCUCUCUACCUCUUCUCAGGAAAGUGCCUAGCCUGUGGCUAGAUUUGACUGCCCUUGUCUCCUGCUCUUUCAGUUGCCCCACAUCCAUCUUGUCAGAAGUGUUAACAGAGUUUUAAAGGAAACAAUCCCAAGAUGCACAGUGUAUUUUUUAUUUGACAAUUUUGGCAAAUGUACUGGUGCCAUUUGCAAGGUUUUUGUUAUAAAUGUUUAUUUUUAUAUUUCAUGGAACAGUCAAAGUUUCUACUGCCGAGAAUGCCACUUCUUUUCUGUCUUUCCCUGCAUUCCCCCAACCUGUAUGUAUUGUGAAAUGGAACAGGGGCUGGAGGUGGUUUCUGUACUGACAAUUCUCGAAUGGUCCAAGACCAUGUCCUGCCCCUCGGGUCAUCCAGGAGGUAUAAAAAGUUGCCAAGUCAGAAUAUGGUUGCAUUUUACAGUGGCUUUGUGCAAGUAUAAGUGAUGUCACAAGGUGGGGAGAAUCCGACCCCUGGAGCUCAGCUACUAUUGGGGUUUGGCAGCUAAUUAUGAUUUUCCCCUCCUGGGCCCCAACUGGAGGCUGCAAUUUCCAUCUUAUCCCCAUUAGGAAAGUCUUUAAGGGCCUGAUCCUGCUCCUGUUUUUGGGCCUGAUUCUGGAAAGCAUCCCUAUUCAAGAAGGGUGCUCAGGUCCCAUUGAAUUCAAUGGGAUGUAACAUGCUUAGGUGGCAAAGCUCCUGUUGACUUGACUGAGAACUGGACCAGGCCCUAAGGACCCAGCCCUGCUCCUGUUGAAGUCACUAGGCAUCUGUUGAGCAAGGAUCAGGUCGUCAGUAGGUGGAAGAUCGAGGACCUGAUUCAGCACAGGCCUAAGCAGCCAUGAAUGACUCUGCUGCUAUCAGCUGAGUGGCCGCUGCUUUUGCCAGACAUAACAUUGGCCCUUAGAGCAAAAGCUCCGGCUGGUUGGUUGGUGUCAGUGAUGAUUCUAAUAAGACCCAACCAGGGCUAUGUGCUCUUUCCCUGAUGGAAAGCCAGGGAACCAACCUUUCUGUUGCCCCCGUUUAAGUAGCUUGGCCUAUUACCUUGCUCUAAAUUAAAACAUAUACAGCAAAAGGCCGGAAAAACCUGCCAGUGUCAUUCCCACCUCUGCUGCAUUUCUGCCUGUGUGCUUUAUGACCAGCAACAGAAGGUCCAUGGCAGUUGCUUCCCGAGUCUCCUUAGCUGGCAGGCACACAUCACUAAUGCCGCCUGAAGCUUUGAUGUGUGCAGCUCACUUCGUGCAAUUAGAGCAGGAAGCAAACGGAUUUUCCAUACCUGGUCUUGGUUGAUGUUCUCGCCACCAUCUGGUCUUCCGUCCAAAGCACAAGAGUUGUGGCGAUCUUUGAGGAGCAAGAUUAGGCCAGCUGAGUGAUCGUGCCUUAAACCCAGGGUACUCAACACCGUAGCCAUUCUGAUCAGAGGCUGUGUGCUAUAAAAUAAAUCCAGCCUGCCAUUUUAAGACAUAUACCGUACAAUGAGGAGAAUGGAGGAUGCCAAUGGGAGACAGAGGCAGCAAGUUAACCUCAUGGCUUUUAAAGGACUUUCUGGUUACUGUUGUGAAAAAAAGUUUUUUAACUGGUAGGUUAUUUUUUAUCAUUUGACUUCCCUCAUGGGGAGGGAGGGUAGAAUCUACAACAGCUGAAAUGUGCUUAGAUCUACAAAGGGAUCUUGUAUGUACAGUAUUUUUAUAUUGCAGCAAGGCAGGCCUUUAAAGAUGGGAAUUGAGACAAUUCAUCUUUAAUACAGGAAAAAAUGGAUUGUUUUAUAGUCAACUUUUGUGAUUUUUAUUUUGUGCCAAAUCAGGCCAGCUGUUCCAGCAUAGGGUAUUCAUUCAACUUACCACACUGGAUUGAUGUAUGUACGUAUGUGUUUUUUAUUCGGGAUUUAAUUUUUGAUUAAUAUUAGCCUGUGUGCAAGCUAACUGUGGAUUGCAGAUUGAUGAUUUCUGCAAGUGGGAACAUUUUGGAGGCAGUGCAGAUACAAUGCUUUUAUUUUAAGGCUGCAGAAUCCCCAGCCUACCUUGUGCUCUUGUAACCCAGCAUGGCCAAUCAGUACAAUAAUCAAAAGUGGCCUUCUUGUGCAGCAUAUCCUCUCGGCAUCUGCCGCCCUAAGCAGGUUCUCAGUGCUGGGAGCCUUGCAGAGCAAGAGUGGCUGUGCUGAGAUACGACUGGGAUGGGCACAAUACUUAUGCGUAGGUGGAAGUGGGAUCUGGGUUGUCCCACGGGCCUUGCCCCCUGGGAAGCUCAAUCCAAGCAGAGUUGUUAGGGAAGGGAUCCUGCAGCACCAGGGAACAACAUCUGAAUUUGCAUUUGCCCCAUCAUUUUCCAGAUUCUGCAGUUGAAUUUUGCCCAUCUACUAGUGCAGGGGACAGUCCUUGGCCCCUCAUCUCCCAAGUUCCAAAGCUCUCUUGACUUCCCCUCCUUUUGUUGGUUUGGGAGACAUUUAUGGGGCAGCACUGAUUUAUGAUGGGAGGUUCAGCAGUGCAGCUUGGAGCUGUAUAUAUCCCUCAACAGCUGGUUGCUUCUGUUGAGAAGAUAUUUUUAAUCACUAUCAGUAGCAGUUGCACAGUUUGCUGUAACAAACUUUGUGGUUCUAAUAAUUUCACUAUGCUGCAUACAAUGGCUACAGCAGGCCUAGAACUCAGCACCUCCUGUGCUGAAAGCACAGGGUCCUGCCUCUUGAGCUGGACAUGUCUCUCCAUUGCCAACUAGCAGCACAGGGCCUAUAAUGAGACGGAGUUCAGACUCUAUCCAGCAAAGGGCAGUGGUGGAGACACACACUGCCCCCUUAACUACAGUACUGUCUUUGUCCCAAUAAACAGUUUCACUGUAUCAGUAUUCUCUGUAAGUAGAUUCUGCUGUGUCUCCACCUGUGUUUAUGCACUGCAAUACAGCUAACCACCUCAGAAGUAACUAAUGUAGCUCUUCAGGGUAAAUGUUCAGCCUGGGGCAAGGAAAUAUUAGCCAGAGAGUAAAAUUAAUUAGUCAAGUGGCUAACUCCCUCAGAGCUGCAGAUGCACUCUGUGUUCCAACAGCUAACCCGUAAAUGUAAAUUGUACACUGACAAUAAUCCAUCUAUGCAACCCUGUUAUUUUUUGACUGUUCGUCCUAUGGUUUUAUCAGGUUUAACAUAGAACUUCUGAAUGAUAUUUAACCAAAGUAUCAUCUUUGUGUGUCUAGCAUGUUUUUUGCUUCUUUUUUUCCUGAACUCAUUGAAUGUAAAGAGAAUAUCACCUUGUCCUUCUUGUUCAAUAAACCAUAGUCUUGUUAUCCACCUGCAUCCAUCUGUGUUCUUCUCCAUGGAUUCAGAAGGCUAUUGAACUUAAUUUAGUUUUCUUGAUGCGAGUCAAAAGGCUUGUGAAGUACAUUUUCCUUGUCUAGUGUCCCUUUUUUGUUGCUUCUGUAAGAGCUGGAAGGUGUGAGAUUUCACGUUCCAGUUCAUUUCAUCCUUGGCUUCUUUUGGUGCUUCGCUUAUAAUACCAAUGAUUAUGUUCUUCCAACUUAAUAGAAGUAGCAAAAUAUUGCUUUAUAUUUUAAUACGAUUGUAUUGUGUCCAGAGAGAUUGAGAAGGGGUGGGUAAUGUCUUGGAAGGAAUCUGGUCUGUUUCGUUUAUUGAGACUGUGAUACUAGAAAAAUAAAGCAGUGGAUUUAUUUGCAA